CUCGCCAGUAUAACAAGGAUAGUUGUGAAACAGAGUCCUGAUGAUGGAGAUCACAGUGAUGGCCUGAGACCUGCUACGCGUUUAUUUUCCUUCUAGUUUCUCUGUGAGAGUCCUCGGUGAGCUGAAAGCUGCUGUCGUGAAUCAGAAGGAAGGAAUUUAAUCUGGUCCAGCGUGAAGAAAUGAGCUCGGUCCGACAGGAAGGUAAAGACAAAAUCAUCUUUGUCACCAAAGAGGAUCAUGAAACACCCAGCAGUGCUGAGCUUGUAGAGGAAGAUCCCAACGACCCGUAUGAGGAGCGAGGUCUGAUUCUUCCCAAUGGGGAGAUCAACUGGAACUGCCCCUGCCUGGGUGGUAUGGCCAGCGGUCCCUGUGGGACUGAAUUUAAGGACGCCUUCUCCUGUUUCCACUAUAGUAAGGAGGAGGUAAAGGGAUCUGAUUGCUUGGAACAGUUCAGGGCUAUGCAGGAGUGUAUGCAGCGUUACCCAGAGCUCUACCCACAAGAAGAUGAAAAAUCCUCCAGCAAGACCUCACAAGACUCUACAGAAGAAUCAGGUGCAAACUCCACAUCUGCCUCUGAGCAGGACUCUAACACCUCACAGCCCGACACAGAGAGCACAGCAGAAAGCUAAUAAUGAGUCAUAGUGUGUAGCGCGUGUCCACAUGUAGUCAUCGCUUUAUGGAACCUGAAUAAUGUUGAUAUAUUUAUGUUUUUUUUUUUAACCAUUAAAAAAAAUAAAUACAAAUUCUUCAGGAAAAUGGCAGAGAAAGUAGUUUUUCUCCCAGCUGCUGCAGUGUUGGCAGCAUAACAUACAAACACAUAGUUUUGUCAGCAGUAGUGCUGAAGCAUAUGUGGUUUUAUUGGAAGCCACUUGAUUUGCUGCACUGAAACAAAUUCUCUGUGAAGACGAAGAAUUAAUGGUCGCUAUUAUGAAUGCAAAAAAUAAAAACUUUAUUCUUCAAAGGAGAACACAGGUCAUCUGGUUUAGAGAGCAGAUAUUUAUUCAGUGGCGGAAACAAAAAAAUGUGCAGCUUUACUUUAAACAGUUUACUUUUAAAUAAUGUGGGAUCCAAGUAAAAUGUUAAGAGUUUAAAUUAAAAGUGUUCAACCCCCCUAUGGGUUCAUUCAUCAUGGUUUUAAAUUAUCUUCAAUCAAGUGUUUACAGGACCAAGCUUAGUACACCCAUUGAGGUGCACAGUGCUUCUUUGUUUCUUCCUUUGUCUCAAGAUAAAUGGUGCUACUCGCUCACCCUGUGAUUUACCAAGACAAGGUCAGACACUGUAAAAUUACAGUAAAUUUAGUGUGGUAUCUUCAGUAGUGUGUUCCACUGUUACCAUGUGUCCAGGACUGCAUUUCCUCUGCUCAUUUAUAACCAGACCUAAAACAUUUACCUCAGCUGAACCAUUUGUGUGCAGCACAGGAAUGACUGAAGUGACUUAAAGCAGAUUGGUUGAAAGUUUUCUAAUAAAAUGUGUAACAUA